UCUGUAGAGCUCGAGUCCGAGCCUGUACUUUGGAACGCAGGCAGGAUAGCGUUGGCUAGUUUUGUAGAGCCUUCACUAACUGAGCGGACAUAUGUACAGGAGUAUGCUGCUUCCUGUGCUUACUGUCGGGCGCUCAAAGAGGGAUUUGGUUUUGCCAAUUGCCCGAGUUUCUACGGUAUUGUGAACACUGUAGCCAGCACUUGGAUGUUAUGUACGUGGGAGAUCUUGAACAGUGAAGUUUAA